AAAAAUAAACCCUAAACCCUUCUUGUCUUGUUUGUUCUUCUUCUUCGUCCUGCGCCGCGUUCUCACGGUCUUUCAACUCUCUCCUUUUCAAAUUUCGCCUCUUUCGAUUCUCCUUUCAGACCAGGCUCUAAACGAACCUUAGUACCUGAGCUGUCAAAUGGGUAAGCUUGGGAAGAAAGCUAGGAAAUUUGCCAAGAAAAAUCUCCAGUCUGUUGAGAAGCGAAACAGGAAGCAGAAGCCCUUUCUCAAACGAAAAUUCGCAAAGAGAGAUGGGCGUCGAGAAGUAGAAGAUAAAGAGGAGGAGAAGAUAGAACAGCCGCAGAAGAAAAGAUGUCUUGAAGAAAAUCCUCGGGAUAUAUUCAUAGAUGCAGUGUUCGACAAGGAUGAAGUUAAAGCUCUCGGCGGUGGUGAUUCAGAUAGUGAUGGAUAUCUGUCUGAGGACUCUGGCUUGACAAAUGCAGUGGCAAAUGGAACAGAAGGUGAAAUGAGUGAUAAUGAGACGACGAUGCAGAGCAAGGAAAUUCUUUCAGAACUUAAGAAAAAGAAGAGGAAGGUUGCUAGCUUGAAUGAAAAGCAAAAUAAAGGUGAAGCUAUCGAUCAUCCCAUGCAGUUGGUAGAUGAAGCUGAAUCAGAUAUAAUGAAGCGUAAAGUACUCUCUGGAUCUGUUCUAAGCUCUUGCUGUGACCUGGUUGAUGAGGAGCACUCUGUUCAAGCGUUAAUCAGUUUGUUAAAUUGGUAUCGAGCUGCAUGUCAUUAUGGGCAGGAACCAUCAGGAAUUACUACGCCUGAUAUAUACUAUGACAUAGAAGACAGCGAGACAUUUGCCAAGGUCAUUGUGUUUGUGCUCCAAAAGGCUGAUCACAUUUUCAGGAAUAUUCUGGGAUUAUCAGCCUCCAGUAACAAGGAGAAGAUUCUGAAGUUGAAGAACAACCCAAAAUGGGAUAGUUUAAAACCACUGAUCAAAUCUUUCUUAAGAAGUACCAUGCAUCUUGUUAAUCAUGCUGCAGAUUUGGAGAUAAUAGUCUUUGCUCUUACCCAACUUAGAGUCUCUAUAGUAUUUUUUGCCGCAUUUCCAGAUUCGCUGAAAAAAUUAAUCAAGCUUUCUGUUGACCUGUGGGUAACCGGUGAAGGGGUUCUAUCGCAGCAGGCUUUUCUAAUCUUGAAAGACAUCAGUAUGGUUUUUAACUCGGAAUGCUUCGACACUUGCUUUAUCAACAUGUACAAAGCCUUUCUACAUGACUGCGAUAUUCCAAAGGCAGAUUCAGAUCAAUUGCCGUUCCUCAGAGAUUCUCUUGUUGAGUUAUGCUCUCAAGACAUGCAGAAGUCUUAUACCAAGGCCUCUGUUUCUAUCGCACAACUUGCCAAGUUAUUGAAGAUGGCUCUCACUACAAAGAAUAAGGAAGCUGUUGAGAAGAUACAGAGCGGGCACUACACAAACUGUGUUGAUCUCUGGGUGAAUUUUAUCGCCGCCAACAUUCAGGAUUGUGAUCUCCAGCCUUUGCUUUAUACUAUAGUUCAGGUUAUAAAUGGAGUUGCUACACUAUUUAUUGGACCACGGUACCUGCUCCUAAGGGUUAAAUGUAUUCAAUGGCUCAAUCAUAUCUCUCGUACAAGCGGUAUAUUUGUUCCAAUAGCGUCGUUAGUAUUGGAUAUGUUGGAAUACAAAACCACAAAUGAAGGUGAAAAGCAAGAAAAGAAGCUUGAAGCUGUCUCAGCCGUAAAGCUGCCUAAGAAUUGGUUAAAGUCGCAAAAUUUCCAAGAACAAUGUAUCUUUUCUGUGAUUGAACUCCUUGCUGUGCACUUUGCUCAAUGGAGCUUCCACAUAUCGUUUCCCGAGCUGGCUACUAUUCCAGUCAUGAGGCUGAAGAAAUUUAACGAGAGGAGCACUAUGGAAGGCUUGAAGCGGGUGGUUAAACGCUUUAUCGAGCAGGUAGAGUUGAAUAUUGAGUUUGUGCAAAUGAAGAGAGAUGAAGCGGCUUUCUCUCCUAACGAUCAACAAUCGACAGAAACGUUUCUGCAGCUUGAGAAGCGAAAUAAGACUGCUCCGUAUACACAAUACUAUCAAAGCAUCAUAGACAAAGCGCUUGGAACGAAGGAGAAGAAGUGAGACAAGUGUGGAAUAAUAUUACAAUAUUUAAUUGGGGACUUUGCAACAACAGUAGUCUUUUAUCGACCAAUGCCUUUGAAGAUUUUGUCUCUGUGUUUUUUCUCAUUUGUUACUUCGUUUAUAAUCGACCUC